AUGGCACCAAAUAAUAAUUCGGGUAAACAUAAUACUUUUUCUACGACCCAUAAAAAUGAAAGUCCGUCCACUUCUACAAAUUCAAACAAUUACGAAAGCGAACAUUCGUCAAAUUCAAACUUUCAAGGUCCUUCGUUUCAAGGGCAAGAACCGUUUACAAAUUCCUUUUCUGCUUUGUCCGUAAAAAAUUUAAACAUACUUCUAGCUACGGCCAAAGUAACCAUUUUCGACAAAAACGGGAAACCUUUAACGGCCCGACUGUUACUCGAUACGGGAAGUCAAAAUAGCUUUUGUACCCAGUGUCUCGCUGAUAGGCUGGGCUACAAGCCAUAUGACAUAUCUCUAAACAUUUCUGGCAUAGGCCAAAGUAUGGAAGCCUUAGAAACGUGCAUAGGCUACUGGGAGGACGCCCUGGCAGCUUACCGCAAUACCAAAGACGGUGGGCAAACGCUGCCCGUUCUCGGGCCCGAAGAAACUGCUUUCUGCAAGGAUUUACAGCAACUCUUAGAGUACGCCAUAGAACUACAAGAGAACUCAGAAAUGUUGUUCUUAGAUGAAAUGUCCAUAUUGUUUAGAUCCGAAAGUGGAGUCCGGGAAGAGUCGCCGGGAAAAGAUUUGAAUUUGUCGGAAGGAGAGAGCUUUGCAUCUGCUCAAGAUAUGGUAGCAGAUCUUCGAGAAUUUGAAGAAUUUUCAGAAUACUUUCCGGAUUUAGAAUCCUAUCCUCUAUACCAAAGCGCCUUGAGGCAAGUAGAAAAUGGAGGAAUCCCAUGUAGGACGCUCAGAACGGAAAUCGUGAAAUGUGGCUCAGACGGCGAGUAUUUAGCAAAGCUACAUUGCCUUCGGUUGGCAUUUCAGCACAUGCUCAGAGACAGAAUGACAUACAAUUGGUUCGUUGACGCUGGCAGGCAGAUAUUGGCAGACUUGCUUCUGUACGCAGAUAAGGAUCCUAAAGAUUUUUUAAUAGGUUACGAGCAAAUGCUUAAAUACACACAAGAUGCCCAAAACUGGCGUGAUGUGGAAGAGGAACUAAGCGCUAGAGGAAUCAAAGCUUUAACAUUUUUCGACAUUGUAUUAGACUAUAUUUUGAUGGACGCCUUUGAGGAUCUAAACAACCCCCCUUCAUCUGUUACAGCUGUUAUACAAAAUCGCUGGUUAUCCAAAGGUUUUAAAGAAACUGCUUUGACUACUGCCGUUUGGUCGGUACUGAAGGCGAAAAGAAGAAGAUUAAGGUUUCCAGAUGGAUUUAUGGCUCAUUUUUAUACGAUAUCCGAACAACUUUCUCCUUUAUUGGCGUGGGGCUUUCUGGGUUCCGACGAAAUGCUCAAAGAAACUUGUGUAUAUUUCAAAGACCAGGUUAUCGAUUUUUUAGUAGAUAUUUUCAAUUUCCACAAAUGUAAAUAUACCUCAGUAGAAGAUUUGUCAAAAGAUGUCUUUGUUCAUCUCAGAAUAAGAGUUGAAAACGUCUGUCAGCGGUUAAGUGUCCAGUCCUAAGAGCAGAACUCUUAGACGGGAAGAAAAAAUAUAAUACUACAGAAUUAUAGAUUCGUGCAUGUAAAACUUUAACAGAUUCAUUUGUAUCUCGAUUUAUUUUGAAACGAGAAAGAAAAUGUUACUUUUAAUAUACACUUUCGAUAUUAAUUAUAGGCACCCUUACAGAUAUCACCAAGGCUUUUCUAAUCUCACUACGAUUAAGUAACUACCCAGAAUUUUAAUCCCCGUAUUUCAAAAUACGUAGGCGUGCAUAAUUUUCAAACGAUAAACUAAAAGUCAAACAAUUUAAGGAACCGAAGCUUUUCACCUCGCAAUUUUUAUAGAAUGGAUCGAUUCGCUUGAAAAUUUGAGAAUAAGUAGUGGAUAGUCCAAGGAUCAAAAUCUAUAUGAUGCCGAAAGGCGCUUUUACUAUGGGGGUGGUUGUCACCUCAUCUCUGGAGUGGAAAUUUUUUAUUAUAU